AGGCGCCACCCACCGCCAUGGACCCCCGUCUGCCUGCCUGGGCGCUGGUGCUGCUGGGCCCUGCCCUCGUGUUUGCGUUGGGCCCCGCGCCCACCCCAGAGAUGCCUGAGAAGUUGUGCGGCCACCACUUCGUGGCGGCGGCGCUGGUGCGCGUGUGCGGGGGCCCCCGCUGGUCCACGGAGGCCAGGAGGCCUGCAGCAGGAGGCGACCGUGAGUUGCUGCAGUGGCUGGAGAGACGACAUCUGCUCCAUGGGCUGGUGACCGACAGCAACCCUGUGCUGGGACCUGGCCUGCAGCCCCUGCCCCAGACUUCUCACCAUCACCGCCACCACCGUGCAGCUGCCACCAACCCUGCACACUACUGCUGCCUCAGUGGGUGUACCCAACAAGAUCUGCUGACCCUCUGUCCCUACUGAUUCCUCCUUGGGUGCAGCCUCAGAGUGGCCUGAGGCCCAGAGGGUCUGGUCUGGUGAGCUCCUGAGGCCACACAGCACCAUAAAGUCUCGUGUCUGCAAGCUUUUGAUUACCUCCUGGGAUGGGGUGCUCACUAUCUACCCCAGACCAAUGCCACCUGCAGCCUGUGGAGUCAACUGCAGAAUAAAUCACACCCUAGCCCUGGCUUGGAGGAUCCCCACUUUCACAGAUGCUGGACACUGAGAGCCAAAUGUCUUUACUCCACAGGCGCCCCAGACGCUCCGCUCCCUGCAUGUGUAACACCCCUUCUUGCUGUCUCCUAGUAAAUAAACGACCCAAAGCAG